UGCACCAGCAAAAUAAUUCCUUCCUUGCAUGCGUGUCUCUGGAAUCGCAUCCCUAGCAAUUCUCUUGUACUUGCAUAGACUUUCAAACACUUAGUCACGUAAGUUGUUGAGUCUAGGCACAUAGACGUCCAGCCAUGACUAAAGAUGAAUUGAAAGGGGCGGGUGAAGAGGGUGGUGAGGACCAGCAGGCCCAGUCUAAGAAGGGGCUGAAGAAAGCCCAGAAGGAAGCGGAGAAAGCGGCCAAGAAGGCAGAGAAGCAGGCCAAGCUAGCGGCGGAGCAGCAGAGCACAGAUGAAGAAGACUUUGCCAAGGAUCGCUACGGCGUCCCCCCAAUGGUCCAGUCCCAGCAGAAACUGGACAGGGUGCUGGUCCGCGUCCAGGAGCUGACACCGGAGAAGGCUGACCAGCUGAUCUGGGUGCGUGCCAGGGUUCACACCAGCCGAGCCAAAGGAAAGCAGUGCUUCUUGGUCUUCCGUCAGCAGCAGUUUAACGUCCAGGCCCUGGUCGCCGUGGGAGAUCGCGCCAGCAAGCAGAUGGUCAAGUUUGCUGCCAACAUCAGCAAGGAGAGCAUUGUGGACGUGGAGGCCAUGGUGAGGAAGGUGGACCAGAAGAUCGAGAGCUGCACCCAGCAGGACGUAGAGCUGCACAUCGAGAGGAUAUUCGUGAUCAGCCAGGCGGAGGCGAGACUGCCCCUGCAGCUGGAGGAUGCUGUGCGGCCUGAGGGAGAGGGAGACGAGGAAGGCAGAGCCACCGUCAAUCAAGACACUAAACUGGACAACCGUGUCAUUGAUCUCAGAACCACUACCAGCCAGGCCAUCUUCCGUCUGCAGUCUGGUGUCUGCCAGCUCUUCAGAGACACGCUGACCAACAAGGGCUUUGUGGAGAUCCAGACGCCUAAAAUCAUCUCCGCUGCCAGUGAGGGUGGUGCCAACGUGUUCACCGUCUCCUACUUCAAGACCAGUGCCUACCUGGCCCAGUCUCCCCAGCUCUACAAGCAGAUGUGCAUCUGUGCCGAUUUCGAUAAAGUCUUCUGCGUAGGACCUGUUUUCAGGGCUGAGGAUUCAAACACCCAUCGCCACUUGACUGAGUUUGUGGGCCUGGAUAUUGAGCUGGCCUUCAACUACCAUUACCACGAGGUCAUCGACUCCAUCACCGACACCAUGGUGCAGAUCUUCAAAGGGCUCCGAGACAACUUCCAGACGGAGAUCCAGAUGGUGAAUAAGCAGUACCCCAGCGAGCCCUUCAAGUUCCUGGAGCCCACGCUGAGGCUGGAGUACCUGGAGGGAGUGGCCAUGUUGCGGGCCGCAGGCGUGGAGAUGGGUGACGAGGAGGACCUUAGUACACCCAAUGAAAAGCUGCUCGGCCGCCUCGUGAAGGAAAAGUAUGACACUGACUUCUACGUGCUGGACAAAUACCCUCUGGCCGUCAGACCUUUCUACACCAUGCCAGACCCCAGCAGCCCGAAAUACUCCAACUCCUACGACAUGUUCAUGAGGGGAGAGGAGAUCCUGUCGGGGGCUCAGAGGAUACACGACGCCCAGCUGCUCACCGAGAGGGCCAUGCACCACAACAUCGACCUGGAGAAGAUCAAGGCAUACAUCGACUCCUUCCGUUACGGAGCUCCUCCACACGCCGGCGGUGGCAUCGGGCUGGAGAGAGUGACCAUGCUGUACCUGGGGCUCCACAACAUCCGUCAGACAUCCAUGUUCCCCCGCGACCCCAAACGCCUCACUCCCUAAGGGGCUCGCUGGAACCAGAAUCGCCUGCAGAGGAUUGUUCGCCAUCGCUGCCACCGUCACCACUCUGUUUCCCACAACCCAAACCCAUGUCGGGGGGAGUGAACAAGUGCCAUGACACUCUUAGUGCUGCUGUAACUGAUUACAAACGUGUCGGUGCACACACCCGCUUAAUCAAAGUACUUAACUCUAGUAAGAUGGCAGGUCUGCAGGAUGAAAGACAGAUUUAACAGAAUUUGACAGAUGAAAUCUAAUAUAUAUGUACACAUGCCACUCACUCAAAGGGAAUCAAAGUGUCCUAAAUGAUCUAGAUGGAUGACAACGCUGUCACAAACAUGUAGGACAGUUUUCACUUAGGCUAGCCCCUUCAGUGUUAGGUAGUCAUCCGUAGAUGUCUUAUCCUUUUCUACAAGUCCAACUUUGCUACUUUUCACACUGAAAACCCUGUACGGCUGUCGAGAUUAAAUCAUUGUUUUAAUGGUACCUAAGUGUUAAUUGUAAUAAAUGUUUUUAAAAAAAGAAGGUAAAAUAAAUGCAUCUAUUCUAGAAGAA